AUGGCCUCCAAGAGGAUUCUGAAGGAGCUCAAGGACCUCCAGAAGGAUCCGCCGACAUCUUGCAGCGCAGGUACCUUCUGAUCCGAGCCGCUUCGGGUCUCACCUCGACUCUUGGCUUCCCUUCUUGCAGAUCUGUCAUUGUCUUGAUGAUUUAUGCUCCCCUUUUUUUUUUUUAAAAAAUGAUCUCUCUGGUAUUUUUUGCCGUUUUGAAGUAUGAUUUUUCUGUGCAUACAAUUUAUUUAUUUUUUUGGAAUGUGCGGUUCUGCUUGAUCGUUUUGUUUUUAAGACUUUUUUUUAAAGGUGAAUGAUUAUGUGCCACACGAUAUUUAUGAAGCCGGCUUUGGCUUAAAUAACUGUUUUUCGUGUGGAUGGGAGGGGGGGGGGGGGACUUUUUCCACUGUAAUACAAAUACAAAUGCCUGUCCUGGCUAGAGAUAUCUUAUUAUCGAAGGAUAUGAAGGUCAACCCUGCAUAUGGACUUCUAUCGUAUAACUUAUUCCAGUUUCGAAGGCGUCUGGUCAGACCUUGAGUUUUUUUGUGGAGCAUUUAUCGAAUUUGGCGUCAGGAAUGGUCUAUGACGUUGAUUAUUAAAAAAAAAGAUGGCGCUUGAUGAAAGGAUUCAGUUUUUAUGCAAUCUUUGCUCUGGUGUCCGUCGUUUUCCUCUGCACUUUUUAAAUAACUAAAGGAUGUUAAUUUUAUGCCAGUGUAGGAAUUAAUUAGUAUUUGGUUAAACAAUGAUAUUUUUAUACUAUGUGAAGUUUACCUAUGUCUUUUGGAGUAGUAUCAUAUCAUCUUUUGUUUCAAGUGUGUUUCGGUGUAUCCUUAAUUUUACAACGACGUUAUCUUACUAAUGUUGUGUUCCUUUUGGUAGUUUAUCAAGUGCCACGACAAUGUGCGCUGUAAUAACGAAUGUUUUGAUCGGAAAAAGAAUGUAGUGCUUGUAUGUCUUUCUGGCAUUUCUGUUUGUGUUCAAUUCAUCAGGGAUGUGCUUAUGCGUUUAGGAAAUUUAAGACAGCUUGGUAAAUUCUAGGAGGACCCUACUUGCUUGUACUGGUACUAACCUUUGAUAUCUUUUGCACGUUCCAAGGUUUUUAAGGUGAGUGAGGCGAUGGCCUGCUGCCUUAUGCCUAGUCAACAAGACACGGCAUUGCCUAGUUUUCAAUAUACUUAGCACGUUAUAUGUGCAGAAUAGUGCUAAAAUUAUAAAUGUUUGUAUUGGCAUCAAUUAAGAAUACAUCAUAAGCAAAGAGCACUAGAAUGGGGUACACAUUCUACAUGGAUUUCUAUUGAAUUGAUUAUGCAUCAUAAGUUUUUCAUAAUUUUUUUGUUAAUUAACUAUAUGACAAUAUUUCACAAUAUUUAAUUAAUAAAUAAUAUUUUUUUUUGGGCUUUCGGCCAGACGUCUAAUGAUACUCAUGCACUGAGCAUUGCGUGAUCUGGUUGUACACUCUACUUCAAAAGUGAAUCCAUCACGCAAGUGCCAUCCACAUGAUGUUAUGUGUUGGCAUUCACUUGUGACAUCCUUACUUCUUGUCCGGGUGAUAUGCGAUCUGCUGGAUCCUAUUCAGUUUGUGUAAAAACGCAAGCUUGAUUGAUCAACAAACACGGGAAAUACAUUGAGAACCUGCUGGUGCUUUUUUUUUUUUUCUUUUGCUUAAGUUUUCAUCCAGAAGGCAAGAUAUGCGUCUCGAAUAUUACAGCAUGUGCUUUAUUAGUUUGCUCAGACGUCUAACCUUGAGAUAAAACUGAAGCCUGCGACUCACAUGAUGGUUGUCUUAUUUCUUCCCGUCUUUUUUUUUCUUUUCCUUUGGAUAAUCUGGAUGAAACAUCAUACCUCUCAUGACCCUGAGAUUUAUAGAAACUCAUUCUUCUUAUGUAAUUCAUGCCUCGCAGUUAAAUUAUUUUUUGGUUUUCUCCAUCAAUUCCCAUCAUGCAAACACGUUCCAUAUAAAUAUAUGCGUGUGUAUAUUAUUUUCUAUAUGAAGGCCCAAAAUGUAGCCAUAUCAGCUGACUCGGGAUAUAUUGGCUUAUCCAAGUUUGAUCAACUGGUCCUUGACGAAUCCCACCCGUCCAGUGGGGACAAUUGGCUGGCUUGAUCGUUUUAUGAAUAAUGUAGCACACUCAUUCUGUAGUGUUGUGCAAUUUCACAGAUCUGAUCUUUAUUUUGAUUUCAUGUCCUACUUCUCCGGUAGUCUGAUGGGUUCAGAUGACUGUAGAUAGCAGUGUGUAGAAGAUUAUCGUGCAAGAAACUAUUGUUUCAUUGCAAGGAUGUGCUUUACUUUGUUGUAUAUGUCUGGGCGACUGUUUCAUGAGGCAAUACUCUUAUCAUUCGUCCCGAAAGGCUACGUCUAUACUAGUGUUUCGAGAUGUCCUUGCUUUCAUUUGUAUAAUGCGAUUAUUAUUUUAAACAUUUGCAUAUUUUGCACAUUCUAUAGGUCCUGUAGCCGAGGAUAUGUUUCAUUGGCAAGCAACCAUAAUGGGCCCACCUGACAGUCCAUAUGCUGGGGGUGUGUUUUUAGUUACUAUUCAUUUCCCUCCGGAUUAUCCCUUCAAACCACCCAAGGUACAUUCUCUUCUGAGCGCACUUAAAGUCUCCUGCCCAAUUUUUUUAUUUUGCUGAAUUGGUAGUUUUGUCGAAGCUUAUUUGUGGCUGAGUUCCUCUUCCUUUGAGAAUGAUGCUACACCAGAUGAUGCAUCUUAAAAUAUCUGAUUUAUCUCUCCCGACUUCCAACGAAAUACCUGAGUAGAAAGUUUACUCAUGUGCUGUGAGGCUUAUCAAAUGGUAUUUAUGGGCUUUGAAUCUACCAUGUAAGCCGCUUGUUUAUUGACCACGGAAUACGAUCUGGCAUGUAGCUGGACCUUCAAUGUUUUUAGUCAUCAUGACGCUCUUUCUUUUUUUCCCUGAUGAUCUACUUGCCAGUACCUCUCUCUCUCUCUCUCUCUCUCUCUCUCUCUCUCUACAGAUAUACAUAUUUAUGGGUGUAUAAUUCAUUAAUUGACGUUUCCCAAUUGGCUUUGAUUCAAUUGGUUUGUCUGCAAUUGACCUGGUCUUGUUAAUCCAAAAUUAGUUCUUUUCUCUGGGAACUUGACUCUCAAGUUCUUUGAAGGCAACUUCACCUGAUCAACCGGGAUUAGGAAUAUUGAGUCUUGUCUUCGUGCAGUCGUGCAGUCACACGCUGAGAAGUUGAAUUUACUUCCAUAUGUAGGCCCAUUGCUUGGUCAGGGUUAUCCCGAAUGAUCACACUGCAUUCUCUCCAUAAAAAUUAUUUGGCCAUUCCCUAACCUACGUAUUUAUAAAGUCCCUGCCUGUUUCUCCUCGCAGCAUCUAUAUUGCUAGGGAUCUCUACUCUAUCCAAACUUCGCACCAGCCCCAUCUUUUGCUAAAUGUAGAUAUUCAUUAUUUGCUUUAUCUAGUUAGUCAACAUGUCAUUUCCCAAUGUAGGAGGUAAUUAAAGAGCUUGCUCGCCAUUUUCAUCGCCCAGUCAGAAGUGGAUUAGGCUCAUACAUAUUAUCCUCAGAUAGAACAAGCAUUCAGAUCAAAGUCAUGAUAUAUUUUUCCCCCAUUAGGCAUAAUUAACACGAACGGCCCAGAUCCAAGAUCGAUCGUAUGCACAUCCAAGCAGAUGAUUCCGUGAAUAUGGCAGAGUUUAGAGCGUCGAACUCUUGUUCCUUUCCUGGGCAGAAAACAAGUUGAGGAAAAUUUUCCCGAAUAAGAUGAAACACGCUGUGGUAUUCGUCGCGGGAACUUGUGUUCUUGAUCAGAAGUUUCGUGUCUCACGGCUUCGGAUAAUUUUGAUAGAAAGAUCAGAGGGAGUGUGGAGGAACAUCACAGAUUCAGAAAAUCGGAUAUGACGGUCUUCCUUCCUUCCUCCCUCCAAUGCUCGUCCGAGGAAACUCGAAGAUUUAUAUUUUUUUGGAAAGAGAAUGAAAGCAAGCCACGUCGGGGGGGGCUUGUUCUUGUUGACCUCGCAGGUGGCCUUCAGGACCAAGGUGUUCCACCCCAACAUCAACAGCAACGGGAGCAUCUGCCUGGACAUCCUGAAGGAGCAGUGGAGCCCUGCGUUGACCAUCUCCAAGGUUCCUCCUGCUCCUCCCCCACCGAGAAACUCUUCUCCAAACCAGCUGUUCUGUCCUCUUAUAUCCCCUCUCUCUCUCUCUCUCUCUCCUUCGCAGGUGUUGCUCUCCAUUUGCUCGCUGCUGACCGAUCCCAACCCCGACGACCCCUUGGUUCCGGAGAUCGCCCACAUGUACAAGACGGACAGGACCAAGUAUGAGGCGACCGCCAGGAGCUGGACCCAGAAGUACGCCAUGGGCUGA